GUGGAGUAAGUUGUUCGCGUAUUCAAACGUUUCGUCCGAAAUGAGUUCCGUAAGGACAAAACUGUGUAGACUGUACCAAAUUUUAUCCAACCCUUUGAAAAUUUUGGAAACAUUAUUAUUUUCGGAACCAUUUAUUGAAAAAUUUUCAACUUUCGAGUUGAGAUGUUAUUUAGUUUGCUAUUCGAUUUCUGUGGGAGUUUUCUUCGAUAAACGAAUAAAUAAAAAAGCUCGAAAAUGUUUUGUAACGUGGCAUAUUGGAAUCACUAUAAUGAUGUGGAUUUUCUGUAUCUCAUACCUCACUGAUUUAAAAAUACGUGACGUUAGUACGGUUACUUUCGGUGUUUUACCAUUGAUUAUUACCACAGCCAAGUUGGCGUAUGGGAUUUCUGUAUUCUAUUUGUUCGAGACUAUCGAACAAUUUAUAGCGUUUUUCAUCAAUGAGGACCAUCAUUCAAGUUCUGCAGAGCUUUCUGAAGCAGUUAAAGGAACCAUCAGUGUAAAAAAAUGGCUAAUUGUGGUGAUUGCUGUAUUUUUUGGAUUUUUUAUCGGCGCUGGUUUGUUUUCUGAUCCCGAAAGUCAAAUGGAAAUGAAUAAUUUUACAAGAAGACCAUAUUUGAUUAAAUUUUUCCCAGUGUGGUGUCCUUUUGAAAGUUCUUGGGCGAGGUAUCUUUUGUGGGGUAGUCAAGAUGUCCUCAUAAUGCCUGAAAUGUUGGCAUAUUGCUUCGGUGCGCUGGCAAUAUUUAUUUUGGUCGUCACAAUGCAUAAUAAGUUUACCAUUUUGCUCGAAAAAUUGAAAUCAUCGUCGGAACAUACUUUUCAACGGAUUGAACAUCUCGAUAAAGUGAUAGAGGAAACAGCUAUGCUUGCAAACGAAAGAAUUCGAAUUCGCUCGCGUAAAAUUAGAGAAUUGGAAAAAGAAAAGAUUCAAACGAUGGAGACUUUCCAUGAAGAGUUCAUAUCCUGCGUGAAACGAUAUCAGAAAUUGCACAGAGUUAAGCUGUCGGUGAAAAAAUUGUUGGAUUUGUGUUGUUCGGUAACAUAUUGCUUUCUACUCUCGAUCAUGGUUGGAUUUGGGUUUCUUGGAGCGGAGACAUUUUCAAAAUCUCAGCUUCAAUUCGACGUAAUCGUUAAAACUGGGAUUUGGCUUGCUGGAUUAGGUGGGCUAUGGUUCAUGACUUGCGUCGUAGGAGAUUUAUUUUCAAGACAGAACGAUUUGUUUGUUGAUGAGGUGUACGCAAUGCCUUGGUAUCAUUUUUCACCCAAGCAGCGCAAAACUGUGCUUACUUUUUUGGCGAUAAUGCAGCAGCGCACGUAUUUGAAGGCGUUGAAUUUGUUCACUCUGAAAAUGGAUCUUUUCCCCAGUUUCUUGAACUCUAUGUAUUCUUACAUUCAGACAAUGCGUACUCUACAGAGUGUAAAACAUUGACAUAUUUGAAUUUUAUUUCGUUUUUUAUAUCAUUUUUCAUUAAUUUAAGCACGUAUUGCACGAACACUCAUAUUGGCAAUAUUGAGGUGUGCUCAGAAGAUAUUUUUUUUUGUUAGUUGGAAGACGCCAUUUGAGAUUUUUUUUUACA